GCCUCGGCCGCGGCUCCCGAGCGGAGGCUGCCGUCGCCCUCGGCCGUCUCCGGCCUUUCCCGCCCUUCGCCCCGCCGGCCGCCGGCCGCCGGCGCCUGGCUUCGACGCGGGGUCGCGAAGAUGGAGGUGCCGCGCCUGGACCAUGCCCUCAGCAGCCCCAGCAGCCCGUGUGAGGAGAUCAAGAACCUCAGUCUGGAGGCCAUCCAGCUGUGCGACCGCGAUGGUAACAAAUCCCAAGACAGUGGUAUAGCGGAGAUGGAAGAACUCCCUGUCCCACAUAACAUCAAAAUAAGUAACAUCACAUGUGACUCCUUCAAGAUCUCAUGGGAGAUGGACUCGAAGUCAAAGGACCGCAUUACACACUAUUUCAUUGACCUCAACAAGAAAGAGAACAAGAACUCUAAUAAAUUUAAACACAAGGAUGUUCCAACAAAAUUGGUGGCAAAAGCUGUUCCCUUGCCAAUGACUGUUCGUGGACACUGGUUUCUGAGCCCAAGGACUGAGUAUACAGUAGCGGUGCAGACUGCCUCAAAACAAGUUGAUGGUGAUUAUGUUGUAUCUGAAUGGAGUGAAAUUAUAGAGUUCUGUACAGCAGAUUACUCAAAAGUUCAUCUAACACAGCUGCUGGAGAAGGCCGACGUGAUUGCAGGACGCAUGCUUAAGUUCUCUGUUUUCUACCGGAACCAGCACAAAGAGUAUUUUGACUAUGUUAGAGAACACCAUGGAGAUGCUAUGCAGCCUUCUGUAAAGGAUAACAGUGGCAGCCAUGGCUCACCCAUCAGUGGAAAAUUAGAAGGCAUCUUCUUCAGCUGCAGCACUGAGUUCAAUACAGGGAAGCCACCCCAGGAUUCACCGUAUGGAAGAUACAGGUUUGAGAUUGCAGCAGAAAAACUUUUCAACCCCAAUACUAACUUAUACUUUGGGGACUUCUACUGUAUGUACACUGCUUAUCAUUAUGUGAUUCUUGUCAUUGCCCCUGUGGGAUCACCAGGAGAUGAAUUCUGUAAGCAGCGCCUUCCUCAACUAAAUUCCAAGGAUAAUAAGUUUCUGACCUGUACAGAAGAAGAUGGGGUGCUGGUGUACCACCACGCCCAGGAUGUCAUUUUAGAAGUCAUUUACACUGACCCUGUGGCUCUUUCUCUGGGCACCGUGGCAGAAAUCACUGGUCAUCAGCUCAUGAGUUUGUCUACUGCAAAUGCAAAGAAAGACCCCAGCUGCAAAACCUGUAACAUCAGUGUCGGACGUUAACGCCACUUUCGUACUCCCCCUCCCCCGUCUUCCCAUAGGAGCACUGCCCUCUGUUGUCCAUUUUCAUCAUCAGAUGUUCCCACUGAAGCAUGCAUAUGCCGCUGUCACCAAAAGCAAACUACCAUUCAGAGCCUUCCCGUGUCUCCUCUUGCCCACCCUGUCCACCACUUCCAGUGAUGUCCCCAAGUUGUCCUGACACUUUGUUUGCCUAGAUGCUGCAAUGCUUUUAUGUUUCCUUUAUGCCAAACAUAACAAGACAGUUAUAUAGACCGCUUUAGCAAAGUACAAAAUAAUGGCUUCUAAAUGGUGUUUAAAUAUGCAUCCAUUUUAAUCUACUGAAUAAAUAUUGGGAUAACGCCAAACCGCAUGAAAGGGUGUAAUUGCAGCAUGAGUUAAAUCUUAAAGCCUAGAAUCGUCAGCACUUCCACCUUGUUGUUUGACAGUGUUAUUUAUGUUAUUUAUAUUAGCUAACAGGAAACAGUUACUGUGCUUCAACAUAAUAAAUAUAAUAGAAAAAUA